AGAGGCCUACAGUUGGCCCUCUCUCCUGAGAGUCCCUACAUGUCCAUGUCUGCGUCACCUGACUCCAGCAGUAGUAUUUCUAACCUGAGUGACAGAGAAGCCAGCAGCUCCCCUGACAUCAAUAUGCUGGAGUGCUGCCGUAGCAAUGGUUCCCCCGUGGAUAACCUCUACAGCAGCACCUUAAUGCAGGGCGACGGGCACCAUGAUGGAACCAUGAACCUGAACCAAACUUUUAUUGCCACAUCUGUAAAUGACAGUAAAACUUUCUGGAAUGAAACGUUGACCUUAAGGAGCAAUGAAGAGAUCGGCUCGGAGAAGAGUCAGACUUUCAUUAAGCACGCAGAGGAUGAAUUUUACAGUGCAGUGAUGUCUCCAGACUCUGCAGGGAGGGAGAGCCAGCUGAGUUCAUGUGAGACUUCCUGUAGAGGCUCUGUUGAGAAUGACUGCUGCUCCCUGAGUUCUGGAGAAAUGGUAGUGAGAAGAAACAGUUUCUGUAUUGAGGACCAGUCACUCUUAGUCAUCUCUUCCUUAGAGGAAUCAUCCAUUGCUCCUGAUGCAGGAAGUCCAGCAUUGCCUGCUGAAUCUAACCUGCUGUCAAUCACUCAUGUUUGUGAAAAAUCCGUGGAAAGAAUCGUUGAGGAAAACACAGGACAUUCUUGUCUUGGCGUGACUUUCACACAGGCAGACAACUUGGCACUCGUCACUGAUGAAAAUGACGUAGCAGCAUCAGACUCUCUUGUAGCUCUGCCUGGUGAGAAUGAAGGGGGUCUUUUGAUGACCUUUAUCUGUGAAACAUCAGAACACUGCAGAAAAGAAACUGAGUCUGCCAGUGCUGAGACAGAGCUGUCGCCUCAGUUUCUGGGAGCAGUUGCACCAGAACAAGGCAAGACCUUUGUGUCCCCUCUGCCAGCUAUGCAAGGAAGCGCUAAUGAUAUUCAUACUUCCACUCCAGUACAAAACAUUGGGAACAAGAUACCCAGCCUCCCCUCCUUUUCAGAGUCUCCCUGCCUUGGAAACACAAGCAGCCCAUCGCUCCACCCUGUUAACCAGCAGCAAAUCUCUGUCGCUCCAAAACAGCAGGUGGUGAACGGACUGCCUCCUUCAACCAGCAAAUUUAAGAAAUUUGAAAUUAAAAAGUUUCCCAAGUCAGACUUCAGUAGUGUAAAAUCUAAAGUCAUGACAAGAAUUGCACAUCAGUUUGCAAUGCCAGGCCGCGCUUCACAACACAAACCAUCACAAGUUAAUGUGAAUGAUAAGCAUACUGGAGCACCCAGAGGAACGACUAGUCCGACCAAAGUAAGGAGCAGCACUGCAGUUGUGUCUGCCACCCCUAAAAAGGUUAAUGAUGCUCAGAGACAAAUUAAUACAGGAGCUGCUAAUGUGGGGGUAGCAGCGACACAGUCCUGUCUACAAACUGUUGUGGAUGGACACGGAAAAAGCACUGAGUCCCCACCUGACCACCACCCAGAUGCAAUUGACCGUGCUUCAGCAGUCCAGCGCAGUAAUGCCAGCUCUGAAGCAGAGCAGGCAGCCUCAAGCCAAGUAUCAGACCCCUCAGCUCAGCAUGCUGGCAACUUCUCAUCCCUAAAAAAAUCCCCUCAUAGAAGUGGCCAAAUAGAUCCUAAACCAACUCCAAAGAAGGGUGUGUUGAACAAGAUUCAGGUCAGGUCAGGCUCAGCUUUAGGUCAAGGCAAGCCUCCUGUGCUAAAGACACGGCCUCGCUGCUCGUCUGAGAGUUCAUCAUCAACAUCUAGGCCACCCAAGGAGAGAACACUUGUAAGGUCCUCAACUAGCUUCACUAUUCCCAAACCUGACACCCACAAGAGCCAAACCAAACCAGGAAAUCUGAACUGCUCAUCCCAGAAUAAACAGGCCAUACAGGCAGAGGAAACAAACGAACCGAGAGAGGUUAAGAAGAUCAGCCUGGUGCUGGAGUCCAGCAAUUCAGCAACAGCAGCAGCGCCACUGGAUGACAGAAGUAGAAGAUUUCGAGGGCAACCUUCCCCCAGACAAGCAAGAAGAACACCACUUCCACAAACUCCUGCUGCCAGUCCCAGAACGACCGCUCCAUCAGCCAGGCAGAGACCGGGAGUCCCGGGGAGGGAUGAAUGCAGAACCUCCAGAUCUGUAGGGACACCUCAGUCCAGUCAGAAGAGCAAUACAGGCAGUCAGAGAGCGCAGGCAACAGGAGAGACACCCCUUAGAACUGCCUCAGCAGCAAGUAUUAAGACCCAGCUGAAUGGAUCCCGACCUCCUCAGACUCCCACUCGGCCCCCUCUUAUGGGCCCACCCCCUACUCCUGCUUGUAGACUACUACGCAAGACCCUGGGGCCAUCAAGGGGCCUUACUGAAGCCAGUGUUCACAGUCAGCCGGGUCAAGGCACUGGGAAUGCACAAGUUUCUGGAGGAGCUGCACAUAAACCAACCUCCUUCAAAGCUGUUGUCCUGAAGGCACGGCUCGGCUCAACCCCUGGGAAAACCACUGGACCAACUUUGACCACAGCAUGCAAGCCUGCUGCUUCCAUAGACAGAGGAGCAUCGAAUUCUGGAGUCAAAUUCAAAUUCACUCCUCUGAAAAGGACCGCUUCUGCAAGACUUGUUCAACCAAAUUCAGGUGGGCCCGUGGACAAGAACAAAUCCAAGGCCGGCUCCCGGCAGCAACAGCCUCAGCAGCAACCAUCCCAGCCAAACCAGAGUAAUGGACCUUCAGAUGUGAUAGCAGCAAGUGUCACAAAGGAUGACAGAAAAGACCAGAUCAUCCAGAAGCUCAAGGGACUCCUGGCAGCUAGCAACCAGAGAUUUGAGGCAGUCGCCAUCGUCCUGCAGCAUGCUUUGGCUGAGCGUGAUGAAGCCUCGAGGCAGUGCAGGGAGCUCUCCCAGGAGCUGGUCAACCUUCGAGGAGAGCUGGUUUGCUCUGUCCAUUCGUCGGAGCGUCUGGAGAAGGAGAAGGAGGACCUGCGUGUUUCACUGCAGGAUGCACUGCAGAAACUGCAGGAUCAGCACCAGGAAGACCUGGGUGAGCUGGAGCAGAGGCUGCAGGCCUUCUACCAGGCUGAGUGGGAUAAAGUUCAUCUCACUUACCAGGAGGAAGCUGACAAGUGCAAAACGCUCAUGCAACAGCAGAUGGAAGAGCUCAAAGCCAGUCAUGAAGCCAUGAAGCUGGAGCUACAGAGCAGCCACGUAGAACAGCUGCAGUGUGUUAAACAGCAGCAUGAAGUAUCACUGGAAGAGCUCAGGAAAGUUCACAAUCAGGAGCUGCAGUCUCUGGACAAAACCUUAAAAGAUGCUGAAACUGCUCUAUCUGGACAGAUUCAAGAGCUGACAGCGGAGAAUAAUGUCCUAAUUGAGAAGCUAACUGCAGAGGAGAACAGGAGGAAAGAGCUGGCCGACAAGAGUCAGAAGGACUCGCACACCCUGUAUCUGGAGCAGGAGCUGGAGAGCCUCAAAGUGGUGCUGGAUAUCAAGAACAAGCAGCUGCACCAGCAGGAGAAGAAGCUGAUGGAGAUAGACAAACUGACAGAUAAAAAUGUGAAGUUGGACGAGAGCCUUAAAAAAGUCCAGCAGGAAAAUGAAGACCUUAAAGCCCGCAUGGAAAGACACGCUGCUCUGUCGAGGCAGCUGUCCACAGAGCAGGCCGUGCUGCAGGAGUCCCUCCAGAAGGAGUCCAAGGUGAACAAGCGCCUGUCGAUGGAGAACGAGGAGCUGCUGUGGAAGCUCCACAACGGAGACCUGAGCAGCCCCCGCAAGGUGUCGCCCACCUCCACCUCCCCCUCGCACUCCUUCAGCCUCCAGUCCCCUCGCAGCUCCGGCCUCUUCUCCAGCCCGCCGCUCUCUCCCAGAUAACAAUGGGCUCCUGCUUCCAGGAAGCAGAGCGUCACGUUUGAGUUGUCCCUCUGGAAUUAAGAGCCAUGUUUGUUUCCUGUUCAUUUAGCAACACCAACAAUCUGACAUUGGCUCCUUCAGGAUCGGAUGAACUCUGACACUUUCUGUACAGGGAUGCUGCAGAGUGGCGAAAAAGAAAAGAAGAAGAAAAUGUUGCACAGAAGCACUUAAUAAGCAAGGCCACCUUGUUCUUUGCCUUUCACGUCUGAUACUGUGGAUGGGGAAAAAAGGAAAUCUCAGGACUUCUAUGUAAUGAAACACUAUUUUUGUUAUUUGUAGAUAUAUUCAGAGGCUUGUCUUUCCCGAAGCUCAGCACACGCACACAUACAGUACAUGCAGUAAAGAGAAAGAGACAAACAUACAUACAUGCAUGUGUACACACACAUGCGCAGAUUUGGCCUUGCAGAGCGAGAGAUAGCUUUGUUUUGUUUCUCUGGAGACCAAAGCCAUGGAAAGUCUGAAUUCAGAAUAUUUCAGGGUGUAUCUUUAUUACAAAUAUCUAAGGAAUCUGGAAUUGCUUCUGUUGGAUUCCUGCACCAUUUCUCAUCGCUAACUACAAACAGUCAGAAUCUAAAUAUUUCUAACAUCCCACUGCCAGUCGCUCCAUCAGGGCUGCCUCGGCCUCAGAGUUCACGUUCAGGCCGUUUUCAUGCUCACAGCGCUCGUGUGGAUGUUCAGAGUUUAACGGUGGACUUUUUUUUUUUUCUAUGUCUGUUUAAGGAUCAUCUGUGGCCUCUCACAUUUCUGUCUUCAUGUUUAUUUGUUUGACCAAGGGACCAAUCCACGUAUCUGUGCAUGUGUUUGAGUCUUGUCAAUCACCCCUUACUGAAGCCUCCCAAUGCAGCUUUAACGUCAGGGUCUUUGCGGAGAGAAGCAGCUUUGCUCGUACAUGUCAGAGACACUGCAUCUUGGAAAUGAGAGUAUUUUGUGUGGAGUUGAUAUUAUCGGUGUGUUGACCCUGUUUGAAAUAUGCAAUUAAUAAAGUCUUGUAUUAAACGUGGAA